AUGCGGUUGCAAAAAUUGGAUGCCAAUGGCACCGCUGCGUUUCUUGCUACGUUCAAUGUAUCUCAAUUUGCAAAUCACAGUUAUCUUGCCUAUAAGGCGUCUCAGCUUGAAAAGGCUCUAAGGGCAAAGGAUAAGUAUAUCUUGUACUUGGAAGAGAACUACAAGACUGUGAAUGGAACGGCGCUAAUGGAUAAGUAUAAGCGUCAGAAUUCGGGUGAUGCACCUUUAUUGGAGCCUUAUUCACGGAGAGCUUUUGAAUCUCGUGUUCAUGAACUGUACGGCUCCUUGGCACGUAAAUUAGAGGCAGAUCCGUCGUCCUGGCCCUCUCUACUAUGGGAUGUCAUCAGUUCAGUGUUUCAAGAUGUGCUGACCUGGACAGCAGGUCUGUGGAUCCAUGGUGAAGGCGCACAGGAAGAUCCAAAGGUAAAGACCGAGCCAAAGAUAAAGCGAGAUCCUGAUAAGAACACCGAGCAAAGAGUUUUAAACGAGCUUAAAAUGAAGACUGACCCAAAAGUUAAAAGCGAACCGAAAGUGAAGGUCGAGUCCGGCACUGAAGGUAAUGAAACUGAUGAAAGUGAUGCAACUAAAAAGGGCGACUCUUCAGGUAAGCGUCGCCGUGUUGGUAUUGUGGGCCGCAAGCGGCCUUCUAAUGAUAGCGAAGAAAGUGAUGCAAGCGAGAAACCAGCCUCUCAAAAGUCUCCAACAAAAAGAAGGCGAGUUGGUGUGAUUGGAAGGAGAUAA